GUGGAUGCGAUGCAUUAUGCAUACGGCGCGUCAGUGUCACUCUGAACUGUGCCCUUCUGAAACUGGAGCUACCGCUCAAAGCAUGGAGUCGUUGCAGCUCUACCAGCUCCUCCUCCCCCUCCUGGCCAUUGUUGUCCCUCUCCUAUGCCUCAACCGCGCGGUGCGCCGGCGCCGGCACAGCGAGGGCGCCCGCCUGCUGCCUCCGUCUCCGUGGGCGCUCCCGGUCAUCGGCCACCUCCACCACCUCGUGGGAGACCUGCCGCACCGCGCCAUGCGCGACCUGGCGCGACGCCACGGCCCGCUCCUGCUGCUCCGCCUCGGCGGCCUCCCCGUCGUGGUCGCCUCCUCCGCGGACGCCGCGCGCGAGGUCAUGGUGGCGCGCGACGUCGACUUCGCCACGCGCCCCGUCAGCCGCAUGAUCCGCCUGUGCAUCCCCGAGGGAGCAGAGGGGAUCGUCUUCGCGCCGUAUGGUGACAAGUGGCGGCAGAUCCGCAAGAUCUGCACCGUCGAGCUGCUGAGCACCCGGCGCGUCCAGUCCUUCCGGCCCGUGCGCGAGGAGGAGGCCGGCCGGCUGCUCCAGGCGGUGGCGGCGGCCGCCGCGUCGUCUACCCCGGUGAACCUCAGCCAGCGGCUGUCGGCGUACGCGGCCGACUCGGCAGUGCGCGCCAUCAUCGGGAGCAGGUUCAAGGACCGGGAUAAGUUCCUGGUGAUGCUGGAGCGCGGGAUCAGGCUGUUCGCCAGGAUGAGCUUGCCGGACCUCUACCCGUCGUCGCGCCUCGCCAUGCUCGUCAGCCGGAUGCCGGGCCGGAUGAAGCGGCACCAGGAAAAAGGUGCCGCGUUCAUGGACGCCGUCGUCCAGGAGCACCAGGAGAACAGAGCAGCCGAUGACGACAAGGAGGACUUGCUCGACGUGCUCCUGAGGAUCCAGCGGGAAGGCCACCUGCAGUUCCCCAUGUCCAUUGACAACAUCAAGUCGGCCGUCGGGGACAUGUUCGCCGGGGGCAGUGACACGUCGGCAACCACGCUAAUCUGGACCAUGGCCGAGCUCUUGAAGAACCCCAGGGUGAUGCGGAAGGCGCAAGACGAGGUCCGGCGAGCCCUCGCCGGACAACCCAAGGUGACAGAGGACUCCCUAGGCGGCCUCAACUACAUGCGCCUGGUGAUCAAGGAGGUGCUCCGGCUGCACCCUCCGGCGCCGCUGCUGCUGCCGCGGGAGUGCAUGAACGACUGCCGGGUCCUUGGCUUCGACGUGCCCAAGGGGACGAUGGUGCUCGUCAACGCCUGGGCCAUUAGCAGGGACCCUGCCCACUGGGACGCCGCUGAGGAGUUCAUACCGGAGAGGUUCGAGCGCGGCGAGAUCGACUUCAAGGGGGCGGACAUGGAGUACACGCCGUUCGGGGCGGGCCGGCGGAUGUGCCCCGGGAUGUCGUUCGGCUUGGCCUAUGUUGAGCUCGCUCUCGCCGGGCUCCUGUACCAUUUCGACUGGGAACUGCCCGGCGGGGCGGAGGCCGGGGAGCUCGACAUGACGGAGGAGAUGGGAGUCACCGUGAGGCUGCGUCGUGACCUUCUGCUUGUUCCGGUGGUCCGAGUGCCCUUACCACUAGACUAGUGGCUAGCCAGGUUCUGCUAAUUCCCUCUCAUAAUGGAAGACAUUUCUUUUGAUAUUACUGUAGUGUGAAAAAAACGUCUUCAUGAAAGUGUACUAUAGUAGCAAGUCGGGACAUGGCAUGAUUUUUUUAUUUGAGAAAAGUCUAAAAUAAACCUUCAAUUCAUACUCAUAGUCUGAAUUGAACCUUGAUCUUUAAAUCCCUGAAACUAGCACCCUAUACUCUAUAAUCCCGGUCUGUCCCAGCUGAUUUUGCUAAAAGCCUGUUUGGGGUAUCGGGAAAAGGACGAUCCCGACCGGGAUCACACACUACUCUCACAGACUAGGGGGCCCACAUGUCAUAUUCAUCUUCCCCUACCAACACUCUCUCCAACCAAUCCAUCUUCUCUGUAGAUCCACCUCGUCACCACACCCUUCCCCCUCGAAGACAUACCCAUCGCCUCGAUGUACUGGGAGAGGCCUCGUCCCCGUCCCCGUCAACUCCAGGUCGCCAGCACCGUCGCCUGCCCUGUACGCGGCCCGUCGCCUCGAGACCCAGGCCCCGCAUCUGCUCAGAACUCGCGGGCCGGGGACGGGAAAAGGACGCCCCCAAGCUCUCUUGCACCACACAGCAGGUCACGGCCACCAGGGACCUCCCGCCGCGCCCCCAUCCGCGUCGGGCCGUCGGCCGGCGCGCCCGUCGACCUUCUCGUGCGAUUGAUAUGAUGCCCAUCUCUUCGACAGAUGUGCGCCGUCUCGUCCAUGGCUCAGGCCUCGCGUCUGAGGUCGCGCGCAGGGUUCAGGAGGUGACCGGUUCAAGUUCGCCUGUGCCAGGCAACAGAGCACGGCCACGAGCGACCUCCCACUGCGGCCUGUCCGCGGCAGCCGGUGCGCUCGCUCACAUCCUCGUGCGGCUGCUGCUCAUCUCUAUAUUACACGAAUGAACUAGCUUGUGCUGCUAGCUAGUACUCCUCGUGGGUUGGUAGAUGGGUUGCUAGCUUCUGCUGCACACAUUCAAAGAGACAGAAAAAGAAGAGGAGGAUUGUUAUGACACAUGGGCCCUUGUAAUUUGCAAGACUAGUGCGUGAUCCUGGAUGGGAUCGUGUUUUCUCGUGAGCCAAACAAUCAGUUAGAAAAAAUCACCCGGAAUAGACCAGGAUUAAAGAGUAUAGGGUGCUAGUUUCCGGGAUUUUAAGUUCAAGGUUCAAUUCAGACUACGAGUACAAAUUCAAGGUUAUUUUUAGACUUUUUCCUUUUAUUUUAUUUGUGAACAUGCUUUUAUUUCACAAUUUAUUGACCUUUUUAGAUAGCCAAAAGCCAGGAAACAAGUGUACAUGUGUGUGAACGCCAACUAGAAAAAGACGUG